AUCGCUCAUCUUAGUCUUGUUUUUUGUGACUGAAUCGAGGACAUUUCAUUUUUUAAGCGUUUUAACAGCAGAUUGAGAACCCUUUACUCGUAAUAACUGCUAGCUAGUACUCGUGGGAUACUCACGAUUUUACAAGGUUAGGUUAGACGGUAUGCUACAUGGCCACUAGACAACAUAACGUGUUUGGGUGUGGUUAAUACCGUGGGAUCUUUACUGGAUCAGUAGAUUUGUGAAUUGUUUAUCGUUCGCAGUAUUCCACGUCGUGAUCUCCAUCGUUCACGGAACGAAUUUUAACGAUGAAGAAAAGAAGCUUUUCUGGCAACAUCGGUGUCGGUGUUUUCAUUGUCGCUUUCGUGUGUGUUUGUGUUGCAUUCGGUACACCGUCAUGGUUGGUGAGCGAUUAUCGUAUCACUGGCGCGAAACUAGACAAAUUGGGCCUUUGGACACAUUGCUUUAGAUCUUUGCCAAAUCCCCAGGAAAUGGACGCGCCUAGACGCUUUUUCGUCGGCUGCAGAUGGGUUUAUGAUCCAUUCACUGCAGGAUACUCUGAUAUUCGUGGUUUUCUUCUGCCUCCAUUCAUGAUAGCAACACAGUUUUUCUUCACUCUAUGCUUUUUACUGAGUCUUAUAUCGUUUGUAUUGAUAUUGUUAUUUGCUUUAUGCUGCAAUCCAGAACAGAGACGAUAUGUACAACUCAUAAUGACGAUUGGAUAUUUAUUAUUGGCUGGUGGUAUAAGUGGUGGAUUGGCGGUUAUUGUAUUUGCAUGCCUUGGAAACACCAAAGGUUGGAUGCCCGGGCAUGCGAAUAACUUUUUUGGUUGGUCCUUUAUAAUGGCAGCUGUAGGCAGUGUAUUGACUAUUAUAACUGGUAUACUUUUCCUUGUUGAGGGAAUAGUUCAGCGAAAAAAGAGAGACUACUUGAAAGAAUCUCAAACAAGAUUUCAACUUGAAUCUCGUACAUAAGUAGGAUAUUUUUAUCAUACAAGACUUGCACAUUUUAAUACCAAAAUUUUGUAAUAUUAUU